GCCAUCAACAUCCCUCUCCUCUCCUGUUCAACCUACUCAAACUCUUCAUGGGUGACUUCUCUUACCACGCCGCCGGCAUGGUGCUGCUCAUGGCAGCGAUCCUGGCAUUGCCGCGGAUUGCGGUUGCCGGCAACCCGCCGUUCUCGUGCGCUCCCGGGCCGACGCAGGGCUUCGCGUUCUGCGACCGGCGGCUGCCGGUCGAGCAGCGGGCGGCGGACCUGGUGGCGCGGCUAUCGCUGGCGGAGAAGGUGUCGCAGCUGGGCGACGAGGCGCCGGGCGUGCCGCGGCUCGGCGUCCCGCCGUACAAGUGGUGGUCGGAGGGGCUGCACGGGCUCGCCUUCUGGGGCCACGGCAUGCACUUCGACGGCGCCGUCCGCGCCAUCACCAGCUUCCCGCAGGUGCUGCUCACCGCCGCCUCCUUCGACGAGAAGCUAUGGUACCGGAUCGGGCAGGCGAUCGGGACGGAGGCCAGGGCGCUGUACAACGUCGGCCAAGCGGAGGGACUGACCAUCUGGUCCCCCAACGUGAACAUCUUCCGCGACCCACGGUGGGGCCGUGGCCAGGAGACCCCCGGGGAGGAUCCCACCACGGCGAGCAAGUAUGGUGUUGCCUUCGUCAGGGGGCUACAGGGUCCGUCACCAACGAUAUUACAGACCUCGGCCUGCUGCAAGCACGCCACGGCGUAUGACCUAGAGGCUUGGAACGGGGCCAUACGGUACGACUACAAGGCAUGGGUGACGGCGCAGGAUUUGGCAGACACCUUUAACCCACCAUUCAGAAGUUGCGUCGAGGAAGGGAAGGCGAGCUGCGUUAUGUGUGCCUACACCACCGUCAACGGCGUUCCAGCCUGCGCCAGCUCCGACCUCCUCACGAAAACGUUCAAAGGAGCCUGGGGAUUAAAUGGGUAUGUUUCUUCGGAUUGUGAUGCAGUGGCACUUAUGCAUGAUUCACAGGGCUAUAGGCCGACACCAGAGGACACGGUUGCGGCUGCCCUUACGGCCGGUCUGGAUUUGAACUGCGGGAACUACACGCAGGUGCACGGCAUGGCGGCGAUCCAGCAGGGGAAGAUGUCCGAGCAUGACGUGGACAGGGCCCUCCGUAACCUCUUCACCGUCAGGAUGCGGCUAGGCCACUUCGACGGCGACCCGCGGGGCAGCGCGCUCUACGGGGGCCUCGGCGCCGGCGACGUGUGCUCGCCCGCGCACAAGGCGCUCUCCCUCGAGGCGGCGCAGAACGGCAUCGUCCUCCUCAAGAACGACGCAGGCAUCCUCCCGCUUAGCCGACCGGCGGUCGGUUCCGCCGCCGUCAUCGGCCAUAACGCCAACGAUCCCGCCGCGCUCUACGGCAACUACUUCGGCCCGCCGUGCGAGUACACCACGCCGCUGCAGGGAAUCCAGGGGUACGUCAAGAACGUCGCCUUCCUGGCCGGGUGCGACUCGGCGGCGUGCGGCUUCGCCGCGACCGGCCAGGCGGCGGGGCUAGCAGCCUCGUCGGACUACGUGAUCAUGUUCAUGGGUCUGAGCCAGAGGCAGGAGCAGGAAGGGCUCGACAGGACGAGCCUUUUGCUGCCUGGGCAGCAGCAGAACCUUAUCACCGCGGUCGCCAGCGCGGCGAAACGGCCGGUGAUCCUGGUGCUCCUCACCGGCGGUCCGGUCGACGUAACGUUCGCCAAAUCGAACCCAAAGAUCGGCGCCAUUCUGUGGGCGGGGUACCCUGGUCAGGCUGGCGGGCUCGCCAUCGCCAAAGUCCUCUUCGGGGAGCACAAUCCGAGCGGCAGGCUGCCCAUGACGUGGUACCCGGAGGAUUUCACCAGGGUGCCCAUGACGGACAUGCGGAUGCGCGCCGACCCGGCCACCGGCUACCCCGGCCGGAGCUACCGCUUCUACAAGGGCAACACCGUCUACAAGUUCGGCGACGGCCUCAGCUACUCCAAAUUCUCCCGCCAACUAGUUGUCCCUUCAACAACAGGUAACACGGACCUGCUCGCCGGCCUGACCGCCACGCCAGCUGCCGACGGCGGCGCGAGCUACGUCGUGGAGGAGAUCGGGGCGGACGGGUGCGAGCAGCUCAAGUUCCCGGCGGUGGUCGAGGUGCAGAACCACGGCCCCCUAGAUGGGAAGCACUCGGUGCUCAUGUUCCUCCGGUGGCCAAACGCGACCAGCGGGCGCCCGGUGAGCCAGCUGGUCGGGUUCCGAGCCCAGCAUCUCAGGGCCGGCGAGAAGGCCAGGCUGAGGUUCGACGUCAGCCCGUGCGAGCACUUCAGCUGGGCGACUGAGGAUGGCACGAAGGUGCUCGGUGCAGGCUCGCAUUUCCUCAGGGUUGGCAAGGACGAGUACGAGAUCAGGUUCGACCCCUAAAUAUCAGGAUUUCGUCCUUGUGUUCACAAGGCGGUGGACAGAAUGACACAUCGCAUGCACGAAGAAUUAUUUAUUGCUAGCUGCACAUUUCAAAUGUCGAUCGAUUAAGUUA